GGCUAUUCUAUUAUACAGGUUUUAUUCAACCGAAAACAUCUUUAGAGGCCUUGAAAAGUUUACAGAAAGAACAUUACGUAGGUGCUUUAAAAGAAAGUCUCUACACAGUGAGCAGGCCGGAAUGGAAGAUAACCCAUGUAUUGUAUGUGCACAGCUGCCGUGAAGCGGCAACAGGCAGUCUCAUUCAGUGUCUACAUAAAGUUCUUAACACAGUGGAUCCAAAAACAGCACAAUUAAUAUACACAGGAGAUGUUCACGUCGUCAUGACCAAGUACGACCUUGUGAAACAACACGACCAAUAUGACAGCGCAGAUAACGAAACGAUAUCUGCCGAAAACUACAAAGAUGUAGUAAAAGACAUAGCAGCUGCCUUUAGUAUAGAAGGCUCACUCAAAGACAACAUGACGCAAUGGACUAGUUACACAGAUAAAACUAGCAGUGAGUCUGAUAAUCCACUCAUCGACAAUACCGCCUUGAAAUUAAUGAGACGUAUAGUAGCGCCCAGUUGUCCUAGGACUGAGGAAACAAAAGCUGUGGUUACCACAGUAACAAAGAUGAACCUUAUGUUCAAAAAAUGGUUGCGAAAACAAAACUUUACAUUCACACAGUUGCUUCUUAUGACUGUAUUACUUUUUCUGGCUAUCAUAAUGUUUGUUUUGAUAAAGUAUCCACUUUUUUAAUCAUAAAUAGGUCUCAUUCGUGUUGCUGUAGUAAAGUACGACCGUCACUCGCACUGUGGAUCAUGCCGAAUCCAUUCAAUGUCAUUUUUGUAAUAGAGUUGACCCAAUGUAUAAAUUGUAUACUUUAUCAAUCUCAUAAAACGGUCUCGAUCAUUUUUAUUUGCAUCCGUCCUACGCAACCAAUGGAUCUUCUUGUAUAUUAUUGUAUUUUAACUUGUUCAAUAUUGCGCAACUUAUGUUUAUUAAAUACCUGCUAUUGACGUUAAAGCCUAGGUACCAAAUAGCUAAAUAAAGUAGUCUGGAGCCAGCCAAUUUUAACAGGGAAUUUAUAUGAUGACUAAAAGCAUCUGGCAAUUCUGAUUUCGUACAACCUUAGCGAUUUGAAAAUUUUGCCUACACCAUAUUCAAGCAGAAAGGGCAAUGAUCAUUCGUCUAAAAAUUAAUGGUGUUAGCUUCCAGACUCGUUUGAUCAACUAACUUUCAAAAUAUAAAUGGGGUGUCACAGUGUUUCAAACGGUUCACUCUAAAUAUAUAAAAAAAACGGAUAAGGCUAAAAAUAGCUGAAGUAACAGAACGAAAUGAUGAAUACGGGAGAGUGAAGAUUCGACAACGACAAGAAUAGACUUUGUAGAUAGAUAAAGGUUUAGUAUUUAAAUAUGUACGCAUUGUAGUAUUUUAGACAACGGUACUAAUGUUAGUAUGUUUUGAACAUAAAUGUAUAGAUAGAACAUGCCAAAUAUUGAAAUAGAUAAUGUAAAUUGAAAAUAACUGUUGCCACUUA